GCAAAAGAGGCAGCAGCAGCAGCACACGCGUUGAGCUAAGAGCAGUAAAGCAAAGCAGAGCAAGCCACAUGGCCGAAACGUGUCGAUCAAAGCAAUGGCGAUACCAUUUUGGAACUGGGGAGACAGCACAAUUACCCAAUUUUUAUUAAGUUUUCCCUUCCUUUGGGUCGAUUCCAAUUGACUUUUUUGGACCCCACUGCGCCGGGAAACUUUAAACUCACUUUUACACCCUCUACGUUUUUGUUUAUAUUCCCCACUGCCUAACCAUUUUCUUCAACCACAAUAACCCUCCUAUUUUCUCAUCUUUUUUCAGCUCCAAUCAUAUCUCCUUUCCUUUGUUGAAACCAGUUUAAAGCAAGAUUUCAUCGCAAAAAUGGUGGUUGAGGACUCUGAGGUUGGCGAGGUCGAGUCCACAUUGAAGGAGGUGGACCAGCAGCUAAAGAAUCAUCCAUUAUCGGCCCUUGGAAGACAAUCCUCAAUCUAUUCCCUCACUCUCGAUGAGUUCCAGCACACGUUAUGUGGGAAGAACUUUGGGUCGAUGAACAUGGACGAGUUCCUUACCAGCAUUUGGAAUGCUGAAGAAAACCAAGCUACAAACUCCAUUAAUAACAAUCAUCACAACAAUGGUGUAAAUGAACAGGUUAGCAACCAUGUUAACUUAUCUUUGAAUGAAACAGCAAGCAGUAAAGGUGUAGCUAGGCAGUCUAGCUUGCCUCGACAAGGCUCGCUUUCACUUCCGGCACCAUUGUGUCGGAAAACUGUUGAUGAAGUUUGGUCUGAGAUACAUAAAGUGCAGCAAGGACAAGGACAGAGUAACAAUAGCAAUGUGCAGAAUGCUGAGAAUACUAGUACUCGACAACCGACUUUUGGGGAAAUGACCUUGGAGGAUUUCUUGGUUAAGGCAGGUGUAGUUCGGGAACCAUGCGUACCACCGGCAGUACCGCCGCAUUCGCAACAUCAACAACAGUUCGGGUUGCAUCAGGCUAGCAAUAACCCUGCAGUGGGUCCGAGUUUUGUUCCCAGGCCAAUUAUGGGAAUGGGUGGCAGUGGUGGCUUUGGUGGGAGUACAUAUCAAACAAUGCCUCCAAGUGGAGUCCUUGGUGAUUCAUCACGCUAUCUUAAUGAUGGUAAGGGGGGUGGCGGCUACCAGCCAGCUGCUGCCCCACCGUCAACAGCCAUCUGUUAUAACGGAAAAGUAGGUGCAGCUGGUGGCUUUGGACCGGGACAGGCAAUGGGAGUGGUAUCACCAAUAAGUCCGGUAUCACCAGAUGGGAUAUGUACCAAUCAAGUUGAUAAUGCAGCCACUCAAUUCGGGAUAGAGAUAGGUGGACUACGAGGAAGGAAAAGAAUCAUUGAUGGUCCAAUAGAAAAAGUAGUCGAGAGAAGGCAACGCAGGAUGAUUAAGAAUAGGGAAUCAGCUGCAAGGUCUAGAGCUAGAAAACAGGCAUAUACAGUUGAGCUAGAAGCAGAAUUGAACCAAUUGAAACAAGAGAAUACUCACCUCAAGCAGGCUUUGGUGGAACUCGAGAGGAAAAGAAAGCAACAGUACUUUGAGGAAUGGUCAAUGAAAACACAAACCAAAGCCCAGAAAGUUAAAGAGAAACUAAGGGUAAUGAGAAGAAAUCUAAGUGGUCCAUUAUGAGCGAGAAAAGAAGAUGCAUGCUCAAGGCAUUGACGGUGGAAGCUCUCAAAACCAAUGACAUAACCUCAAGCUGAAGAACAUCAUCAAAACACGUUUAGACACAUGAUAGUUGGUGGAUAUUUAUAAAGAAGACUUCUGGGAAUAUGAUUUUUAUGAAUAAUCAAAUUUCUGAAGUCUAAACUAAUGAUAUAUAUAUGUAUGUAUGUAUAUGGUUUUAAUGUUCACACAAGUCAUGGAAAGGUAUGUCGUUGCUUGUAUAUCAUCUUAGUCUCAAAUUUGGCCCCAAGAUUUUCGUGGGGCGAUAAAUUGUUUCAUCGAUAAUGUUUGAUUCCUAAUUUUUGAGAAUGUAAGUAUACAGAAAGUUUAGAAUUCAA